UCUUUCCAGAUCUACAAAAUCCCAACCACCAACAUGCUGCUCAGAUCGUUCCGUUCAGUGCUACUGACGUGCCUGUUGUUGGCGUCCUCUCCAAGCAUAGAUGGUGCAAAGAGACGAUCGCGACUCGAUCUGCCGAUAUCCAAACCGGCUGAUGCACCACUGGAGGACAAUCUGGCCACUGCAUCCGGUUCCGAGCCGGCAUACGAACGCGUUGAAGCCCCGGCAGCCAUUACACCGGCAGCAGCCAGCAGUGCGGCCACAUCCGCUGAAACGGAAUCAUCCGCCAAUGCCAGCGGAAGCGGAAGCUCCGAAAACAGCAGCCAAAUGAUGGACGAGUACUCGGACGAAGAGUGCGAUCCGGACUUCAUCGCGUUUGAGCUGGUCACUGGGUACGUGUUCUCGGCCCCGAACAAGCUGCUCGAUUCGAUGCCAGGAACGCUGAUGCUGACCGACUGCCUGGAAGCUUGUCAGAACAAUGAUUCAUGCGCAUCCGUCAACUACGAAACCGGCCUGUGUGUGCUGUUCUCGUCAAACUCUGACAAAUUACCGGGUGCCCUUACAAAGUCGCAGUUCCCGGUGUUCACGAUCUACGCACAGAAGUCCUGCCUGAAGCUGCGCCCAUGCGAACGUGCCUGGUGCAUCGACAGAGUGCAAGGUUACAAGCUGAACGGACACGUCAAGCGCACCGCCCAGGUCGUAUCGCGCCGUGACUGCAUCGAGAUGUGCCUCGGCGAGAACGAAUUCACCUGCAGAUCGGCCAACUUCUACCAAACGACAAUGACUUGCGAGCUGUCGGAUAUGGAUCGCAUCACGCUGGCAGGAUCUUCCGCCUUCCAAACGAACGACGGUGCCGACUAUCUGGAGAACAACUGCGCCGAAGAACCGACGAAGCUGUGCGAAUUCAAGCGCCUCUCGGGACGUAUCUUGAAGACGGUCGACUCGGUGUACCAGGACGUCGCCAGUGUGGAUGAAUGCCGAGAGUUGUGCCUUAGCUCGCCGUACCGUUGCCACUCGUACGACUACGGAGAUACCGGUGACAUGGUGUGCCGUCUGUCGCAUCACAGCCGCGCCACACUGUCCGACAUUCAGGAUCCCUAUCUGGACGUGCCGGAAGCUGCCACCUACGAGCUGUCGUCUUGCUACAACGUUUCGAUUGAGUGCCGUGCCGGUGAUAUGAUCGCCAAGAUUCGCACCUCCAAGCUGUUCGAUGGCAAGGUGUACGCCAAGGGAUCGCCGAACUCGUGCUCUGUCGACGUCAAAAAUUCGCUGGAGUUCGAGCUGCGCAUGGGUUACCAGGACAUCGACUGCAACGUGCGACAGAACGGUCUCGGACGCUACCUGAACGAUGUGGUCAUCCAGCACCACGACACGAUCGUGACGUCGUCGGAUCUUGGCCUUGCCGUCACCUGCCAGUACGAUCUGACCAACAAGACUGUCUCCAACGAUGUCGAUCUGGAUGUCACUGGCGAUAUUGAACCUGCUCUGUCGGAGGAAGUCGUCGUCGAUUCACCGAACGUUGUGAUGAAGAUCACCACGCGCGAUGGCAGCGAGAUGAUGCGAACGGCCGAAGUUGGCGAUCCCCUGGCACUGCGCUUCGAGAUCCUGGACCCGCAGUCUCCGUACGAGAUCUUUGUGCGCGAACUGGUCGCGAUGGAUGGCGUGGACAGCAGCGAAAUCACGCUCAUCGAUGCUCGCGGAUGUCCUACGGAUCACUUCAUCAUGGGCCCGAUCUACAAGAGCGCCUCCUCGGGCAAGAUCCUGCUGUCGCACUUCGACGCGUUCAAGUUCCCGUCGUCGGAGAUGGUACAGUUCCGUGCACUCGUCACACCGUGCAUGCCAACCUGCGAGCCAGUACAGUGCGAUCAGGACGAUUUCGGUGGUGAACUGCGCUCGAUGGUUUCGUACGGACGUAAGCGCCGAUCGGUCAACGCUACGGCGAGCGCACUGAUGGAUGCCGUUGCACGUCAUCGUCGCGAAACAACUCGCCAGGCUCCACAGGAUGACAUGCUGCUGGUACAGUCGAUCCAAAUCACGGACAAGUUCGGCUUCGAGAAGCAGCAGGGUGCCAAACCGAAGCUCAGCAGCAGUGAAACCGUGUUCGUGGCCAACGAUGGACAAGGAAUCUGCGUGAAUGGUUUAGGACUCAUCGUGGCCGGUGCCGUGUUCUUGCUCGGCCAGCUGGCCGUUAUUGCCAUCUGGACCUACCUUUGGCAACGUCGCCGAAAGCAGCGUCAGUUUGAGAACGCCUCGAUGGGCUCGUCGGUUGUGCCGACCCCAACACUGACCGGAAGCCGGGCGGAUUCGAUGUGCAAGCUGUACGACAGUGGUUACGCAGGCAGGCACUUUUAA